UACAAUGGCCGCCCCUCUUGGUACCUUCGCAUCUGAAAUGUAAAUGAUGAAAAAUCGUGGACAUUUUGUGUUGUAAAGGCGUGGGCGCUUUCUUUUAACGCUUAAAACCAACCAUUGGUGGAAUAGUAUAAAGAUUUGUUUCGUCUAUGGCUCCACGGCGGUCUGAGGGGACUCCCGAGCCGUGUUUCCUCCCAGGUUCGGCCGGAGUUCUGGUGUAAACCCCCCCUUGAUGUCACAGUAAAACAUGGAGGUCGUCGCCUCGCAAAGUGACAGGUCCGGUUCCGAAGGAGAGUACAUGGUGCUGCGCGGUCCCGAAGGUGAGACCCGAGAGGCGGCGGAGACUGACGGGAAGGCCUCGGAGAGGAUGUCCGACGUGGGUGCCGCUGCUGUCGGCUUCGGCAUCAGCGGCAUCGGGGAGGGCAAAAUGGUUCUGGGUCGAGUCGGACAGAUGGACGACAAAGAACUCCGGUACCUGCACUUGUUGUGGGAGCCGGGGCGAGGCGAACUUGGUCCGGGUGGUGUGGCGAGCAAGCUGGGGAAGGUAACAGAAAGUAAGGCCCGGAGGCAGCACCGAACUUUCCGGAACCUGGGUCCAAUAGGGAAAGACGUUUACGCUGCCAAAAGACUGAGAGAAGCAGCCAACAGCAACGACAUUGACACAGUGCGAAAGCACCUGCAAGAUGGCAUGGACCCCUGUGCAGCAGAUGACAAGGGAAGGACGGCUCUUCAUUUCUCCUCCUGCAACGGAAACGACAGCAUCGUGCAGUUAUUGUUGAGUCAUGGUGCUGACCCCAACCAGCGAGAUGGUCUGGGGAACACUCCUCUACAUCUUGCGGCCUGUACCAAUCAUGUGCCUGUCAUCACCACGCUGCUGAGAGGAGGGGCGCGUGUGGACGCCCUGGACCGGGCAGGAAGAACCCCGCUGCAUCUGGCGCGCUCCAAACUCAACAUUUUACAAGAGGGAGAGUCCCGCAGCUUGGAGACCCUGAGAGGGGAAGUCUUACAGAUUAUUCAGAUGCUUCGUGAAUACCUGAAACUAGUGGGUCAGAGUGAAGCCAAAGAGAGGCUGGAACACAUUUCAACACAGCUGCAGCAAACGCGCACCAGAGAGCAGGUGGAUGAAGUGACCGAUUUACUGGCCAGUUUUACGUCUCUCAGUCUGCAGAAACAGAAUCUAGGUGACCGGUAGGAUCUACCUCUGCGUAGAGACGAAGCCUUGGUCCCACAUGGAAGUCCUGAACCGUCGCCAUGGUAACAGCUGGCCCAAUCUCCGUAUUCAGAUAAAGCACUGCCUAUGUUGUUGUUCUAACCAAGCGUUUAUCAGCCGAUGCACUAAUAAAGGGUUUUCGCUGCUUUCUGUUUGAACGUGAGACCUGGAUCCUUAAACAAGUGUGUGUGUGUUGGAACUGGAAGAACACACCCAGUGGGAAAUAAACUGGGAUUAAGAAGCCAGUGGAGAUGAAAGAUUAUUCUGAAGAACAGGAGGACCCUCUGUGUGUGUUUGUGUGAAAAGACCUGAUUACAAUGUGUGUGUGUGCUUAUUUUCUGUUUUUGCAUUUUAUGAUGGAAAUGUAGAACGGUAAUUAUAAAACAAACGAUUUAACUGAGGUUUCCUCUUCUAAAGUGUCUUUAUUUUGAUGCCUUCUUUGUUGUGUUAUGCUUCUGUGAACUGUGCCGUAAAGUUCUGGCUUUUGAUGGAAACUCAACCGAACUUAACCAAUAAAUCAAAUCUUUGUCCAUGUCA